AUGGCAGACGUUGGUACACAGUCCCUGGGGAUCAAUUUGCCUCCAGGCUACUCCCUCCAAACCGCAGCAGCUCGUCCAGACAUGUAUGAGACCUUGUUUGAUCCCGAACAUCCAAUGAGCUCUCUUUGGCCCAAAUUCAUUACAUCGACGCCUGUUACGGAAAAAUACUGGUCACAAUUGACAGAAAUUCCACUCUUCGCGUCAUACCAAUUGGUAAUCCUCCACAAAGACGUGGAUAACGAGUACGAAUCAGUGGUGGCUUGUGGAAAUUCAAUUCCAGUCCGUUGGCCACUCAAUGACUUGCCCGAUGGUGGAUGGGAAGCUAUCCUGCAGGCUGGUAUUGAGAACUAUCAAGCCGGCCGUGAACAGCCUCCCAAUUUGCUUUCCGCGCUUAGUGUCAUGGUGCACCCCGCUCACAGACAGCACAGGCUGGCUGAUAUUCUCAUCUCCACUUUGAGAGGGCUCGCCAGUCAGGCCCACUUUGAAGCCUUGGUUGUACCUCUGCGGCCAACCAGGAAGAGCGAACAUCCUACGGUGCCUUUACAGGAGUACGUGCAUUGGAAACUUGAUGAUCAUACCCCGUAUGAUCCAUGGCUGAGGAAACACCUCGCAUACGGAGGCCAAAUUUUUCGAAUUGCUCACCGCAGUAUGACAAUCACCGCGCACGCGGAUCAGUGGAAAGACUGGACUGGAUGUGACUUGGCCGCCUUAGCCAAGUCAGGCGUGGAGACCUCCUCAGGGGGGCAUAUCGAUGUACCUAUCCCCGGUGCCCUGGUACCUGUCCAAUAUGACCCCGUUUCCGAGACUGCUUCGUAUGUGGAGCCCAAUGUCUGGGUAGUUCACCCAAUGCAUUAA